GUACAUCUGUGUGAAACAUUUAGAUCAUUUUAAACAACAAAGAAAAUGACCAAAUUUCAAACUUCUGCAUGAUUUCCUUCUACACCUUGCUGUAUUAUUGUGACUGUGUGUGUUUGAGUGUUUUUGUGUGAAUUACGUGCUGUUGGUUGCAUGCUGAGGCACAGUAACCUGCUAUGGCAUGCAGAUGAAAGAAAGCGAUAUGCAUUGUGCAGAGCUGGAAUGCUGUUGACCUUUCCCAUGCCAGCCUUAUCUUCAUGUCCUGUUGACACCUUGUGUGUGUGCAGAGCAGGCUGCCACCUCAGCAUUCAGCUCCAGUGAAUCGACCCAGGUGGCUACAAAUAGCUUUAAUCUGUCCUGAUAAAUACAUCCUCACCACUUUCUGUACAGGUGUACUCUUUUUAUGCCAUAGGCAAAGAGGUUUCACUCUGCUUGAAAAUGUAUAACAGUGUAUUUUUUGUUUAGUUUUGGAAGACCAAUAUGAAUGCACAGUUAAAUUUAAAAAGUGAUCAAAAGGAAGUGGGAGGAUCUAGCCACCAAGGAGGCCAUAUCCAUGUGUGUCACAGAUCCCAUAUACUUGUCUACCCUUUCACCUGUUUGUGUGUGAAUGAAUGUUUGUGCACUGAUAGUAGAUAAGGGAAACCGUGUUAACUUGUCUGUGUCCUGUGCAGCUGUUAAGAUCAAGAAACCCAUCAAGACAAAGUUCCGCAUGCCCGUCUUCAACUGGGUAGCCCUUAAACCAAACCAGAUCAACGGGACUGUCUUCAAUGAGAUCGAUGACGAGAGGAUACUUGAAGACCUGAAUGUGGAUGAAUUCGAGGAGAUGUUUAAGACGAAAGCCCAGGGUCCACCGAUUGACCUCACCACAAGCAAGCAGAAGGUCAUGCAGAAGGGGUCCAGUAAGGUGACUCUGCUGGACUCCAACAGGGCGAAGAACCUGGCCAUCACACUGAGGAAAGCGGGCAAGACACCCGAGGAGAUCUGCAAAGCCAUUCAGAU